AUGAAGAUAAUAACAUCGAGUAUUGUAGUAUUACUACUUGUCUGCCUGUCGUCAUUUGUACAUUCAGAGGAAUGUAAAAAUGCAUACAAUGAAUAUGUUUGUGUAGAGAUUGAUCAAUUUUGUGGAAACUCAACCUCAACAAUCAAUUAUAAUUGUAAAUACGGAUUAUAUUGUGAUGAUGAAACAUCAACAUGUCAGAGAACAGUUGCACUUAAUGGUAGUUGUACUACAUCGGAACAAUGUUCUAGUCAAUACGAAUGUUAUGACGGUGAAUGCAUAGAGAUUGAUUAUCUUCAAUUUGGUGAAACUUGUAAAGAGUCAUUUGAAUGCAAUGGAAAGUUGGAAUGCAAUAAUGGUACAUGUACAAACAUUUAUGGUUUAAACAAUUGUACAUUUAAUAGUGAUUGUCCAUACGAACAAUAUUGUUUGUCUGGCAAGUGUGCUGUUCGUACUGCUGAUGGAUCAACAUGCACAGACACAUUACAGUGUAUGCCACAAUCAUCUUGUUUCAAUGCAACUGUUGGUGUAGAUACACCGAUAUGCAAACCAUUCUAUUCACAAGCACUCGAUUCACCAUGCAGCCUCGAUAUGGAGUGUGACGAAUCAUUGGGUCUAAAGUGUAUCAACGAUACCUGUCAAAUAGACCCAAUUCAACUCAGCCCGGCCAGCUUUAAUUGCAAUUCCACUGCAUCGGUCGCUCAAAAUGAAACUUGUUUCUACUAUGAAAUGUGUGUUUGUUCGGCCGAGGCUACAGCCACAUGUCAAGUGCAAUCACCAGUCACUACAGACCAAGUCAAAAAGUGUGGUGCCCCCUCCAAGGCUCAUUACCAAUGCAUGGCCACCAACAAGUGUCUUUCUACAGGACAGAUGCCAUCAUCUUGCGAAAUUUCAAAGUGUGGUCAAACCUAUUGUGAUCUCAAAGUUAAUUGCGAUCAAUAUUCACUCUUUUACUCCUCUCCGUCAUGUAGCGGAGAACCAAACUCAUAUCCAAACUAUAUUGCUCAAAUGUGUAUCGAACUUGGAUAUGGAUAUGGUAAUUUUACACCUCCAGCAUCGUCUAUUGCCAAUUCUCUCUCCUCAUCUAUUACAAUUAAAUUAACUUUUGUACUAUUCUCAUUAAUAGUAUUCUUACUUUAA